AUGGAUGAUUCUACUUUCAAAUGGGGGAACAUACUGGUUCGGUUGUUCGAGGACUCAUUUGAAUUGGAGCAUAGUGAUCGAGUCAUUCGAUUCGAAGAUGACAUACAGCACUACUCGGCGGACGACUGUCAGGUAACGCCGGUGAUUCACGUGCUCCAGUAUCCGGGCUGCGUCCCGAAACCGAUCCCGUCCUUUGCGUGCGUUGGCCGCUGCGCCAGCUACAUUCAGGUUUCGGGCAGCAAGAUCUGGCAGAUGGAGCGGUCCUGCAUGUGCUGCCAGGAGUCGGGUGAACGGGAAGCUUCCGUCUCCCUGUUUUGUCCCAAAGCGAAAAAUGGCGAGAAAAAGUUCAAAAAAGUACAUCAUCCCCUGUGUACAUAA